ACUGGUCUAGGAAUCUAUCAAGACUUGUUAUCUACGUAGCUCGUGGUCCAUGUCCUGGGCCGAGCUGAGCAGUUUGAAGUCGUAUCCUUUCCAAUCCUUGGCCCUCUGCAUUUCUCUCAAGAUUCGGCAAACGAGGAGGGAAAAGGCAUGGAGAGACGAUGCUGAGUAGAAAGAUAAAGAGGAGGUAAGCUUAGCUGCUUGCCAGGGGAAUAACCUGUAGCUUGCAGGCCACUUCUUGCAGCGUUAAGCCAUGGAGGUUGAUACGUAGAUGGUUUUAUGACGCGGCUACUUGCUGAUGCUUUCCUUAAGCCUGGAUUUAAAAGCUUAGCAAGGGUAAGGGGGGCAAAAGCGUGUUUGGAGUGAAUAAAAGUAUUGCAUGGGUGAGAAAAGAUUGAGAUUAGGAGAAUCUCAACUCUGGGAGGAAAGCAUCUCCCUCAGCUCUGCUGGGCAGAGCAGAGCUUCUCUAAUCAAAAGGUUAUAUGGGUUUGUUUGGGACGCAUUCCUGAAUUUCGCAAGGAACAGCUACAGGAUUGCCAAGUUACUGAAACUCCCAUAUAUGCUCCAAACAAUCUCUCCUCUACUCUGAGUAUGAUGAAACGAAAGUGCCAUUGCUUUGCUGUGGGGGCAAAUGGGCAAGGCCUCGAUUGCAACCCCUCCUAAUGUUGACCACCAAUUUUUCCUCCACAAAACUAAUCAUGCCGAUCACGAAGGGCGUGUAAAUAAUUGCCCGUGUCGAGCAAUUAAAAAACCGCAAACAGUCAAAUAAUGAUGAGGGGGGUGGGUGCACAAAUUUACAGCCAGGCAGGCAGGCCUUGAGAAAGCGAGCAUAAACAAAUGCCUGCGAGGGUUGGCAAUGUCAGGGAUGCCUCUUUACGCCUGCUCUAUGUGCGAUUCCAAGCAAGUAAGUAUACCAACGAGUAAGAAAAAGCAAAGGUAAACAGCAUGAUUAAAGGCUGUGUUAGCAAAGAUAAAGCAGAAAAAUUAAGCCCUAACAUUGUUAAGGUUUAAACAGAAACAAUCCAUGGCGGUGCUGGUGGUGAGAGUGUGACUUUCUUUCUUUAGAAAAUGAUCAGUGUGUGACUAGGAGGAGAGGGGUAAAGCUGUUGCCCCUCUAAUACCACAGUUGGUGGUCAAGAAGAUCAAGUACUAGUAGUGUAGUCCUACAAAUGCCACAAGCCUUUGCCUACACUACACACUCCCCUCUCUCUCUAUCUGUGGGUCUAUGCUCCUCCCUCUUUCCUAGCUCAUCUAAUCAUCUUCUUCAUCUUCCUGCGUCUCCCGCCGCAGCACAUAGCAUCAGAAUCUGCAGUAGGCGCCUCCCCUUUUCUUGCCGUUUCUGUCCAUAGGCUGCAAUAAGAGUUCUUGCCUGCCUCGCUUGGUCCUCUCAUCGCAUUGCCCAUACAGCUCUGUCCAGCCCGAGCAGAGCACUUGGUCUUCAUCUUCGUUCUCUUAUUCCUUCAGCCAGCCCAGCAAAGCAAUUCAUUUCAUUGUCGAUGGACAUGAACGAGAGCAGUGAGAAAGGGAUGGAGGGCAACGGGUCCUCCGGCGUGGAGUGGCAGAGCCAGUUCAGCGGCGGCUUCUCCACGCAGCAGCAUCAUGCCCACAUGAUGGACUCCUUCGCGGCGGCGUCCGGCAUGUGGGCGGCACCGUCGGCUGCCUCGCAGAACAUGUCGGGCCUCUCCGACGUCAACGGCAUGUCGGCGGCCGCGCGCGGUGCCGGGUUCUUGGCGCCCGUGCCUGGGUUCCUCCCGCCGCCUGGCCUCGGGGCCCAUUUCCCCGUGGACUCGGGGUUCAUCGAGCGCGCGGCGCGGUCCUCGUGCUUCGUCGGCCCCGGCGCAGGUGGCGGGAUGAUGGGCGGCUUCGGCGGUGCGGGUGAUCAGCACAUGGGCAGCGCUUUCGGUGGUGCCUCGGACGGGUACUUGGAUCAUCGGAGGAAGGACGACAAGGCCGAGCAGGAGCUUGGGAGCGGCGGGGUGCCAAGCUCAGAGGCGGCUGGCGGUGACUGCUCGUCCAAAGGGUCGGACUCCAAGAAGAGAAGAAGGCCCAGCGAGGUGAUGGGUGGUGAUCAGGUCCAGUCUUCCAACGUGGCCGCUGACUCCGCGAACGAGAGCGCCCACAGCAAAGACAAAGGCGAGGAGAGCAGCCCGGCGACGGCGACGACAACCGGCGGCAGGUCGAAAGGGAAGGGUGCCAAGGAGGAGUCUGAGAAGGAAGACUACAUCCAUGUCCGAGCUCGCCGUGGGCAGGCAACCAACAGCCACAGCCUCGCUGAAAGGCUGAGAAGGGAGAAGAUCAGCGAGAGGAUGAAGCUUCUGCAGGACCUUGUUCCUGGCUGCAGCAAGGUUACCGGGAAGGCGGUGAUGCUCGACGAGAUCAUCAACUACGUCCAGUCCCUGCAAAGACAAGUUGAGUUCUUAUCGAUGAAGCUCUCGACGGUAAACCCGAGGCUGGACCUCAACUUAGAAGGGCUUCUCUCGAAAGAUCUUCUUCGCUUCCCCGGGGUUUCUUCGUCGUCGAUCGGGUUCUCCCCGGAGGUGAUGCACCCGCAACUGCAGCUAUCGCAGCCGGGCCUGAUGCAGGGCGGCGCGGGCGCCAUGGGCAACCCAGACGUGUUCAGAAGAAUCAUGCAGGCGCAGCUAGGCGGCGCGAAAGAUGGGUCGCAGCAGAUGCCCCACGCAUUGAAUGGAUCGUUCAGCGAUCACGUCGCCGCCCAGAUGGCGUACCCGUCCUCGCAGGACCUGAGCAUCAGGCCGUCCCAGGACGCCUACCAAAUGUGACUCCGAGUGCCAGCUCCGCUCCGAGUUUGUCUAGCUACCUAGCUGUCCGUCUGACGGCCAACAGGAAUGCACGGGGCACAUGACCACUGAAGCUGCUGCUGCUCGUGCACACAGUGCUAGCUCAUCGCGCAGCUGAAGAUCUUAACUGCUGCUAGCUCCAGCUGCGCGCGUGGCUGGACUGUACUGUAUGUAGAUCGAUGGGUCGUGUUCUUGCUGCGUUGUUCGGGGACUGGGAAUGGAAACGGAUUUGAGCCCCACUGGAGCGUGGGGGACGAUCGAUGAGGUGGAAUUCUGUCCGGCCUGGGGCCAUUUAUGUAUGGCGCACGAGGCGGCAGCAGUAGCUGAAUCGCUGCUAGCUGCAGGAUAUAUAUGUUGUAAUGCAAAGGGGUUUAUGC